AUGGCAGAUCAGAAUGUCCCGCAGACGCGGAGAGCCCUUCGACGAAUCGGCCCUCGAGAAGCCAAGUUUUUCGACGAAGCCAUUCCUUCUAGAGGCUCAUCCGAUGUACUGAUCCGGGUGCGCGCUGUUUCUCUCAACUACAAGGAUGUGGCUAUGCUGGACGACAAUUUCCCAUGGCCAGUUCCAACCAAUAUCAUCAUGGGCGCGGAUGUUGCAGGCGAGGUUGCUUGGGUCGGCGAAAAGGUGGCCAAAUUCAAGAUUGGGGACAGAGUUGUUGCUAUUCACAACUUGGAAAACAUCACUGGACGGGAAGUGACAGCCAGAGCCCCGGGUCAGGACGUUGACGGAACCUUGGCUACCUACGUGGUAUUCCCGGAGGUCGAACUCGUGAAGUUUCCCGACAACUUGACAUGGGCUGAGGCCAGUAUUGUGCCCUGCGCCGGUGUCACUGCUUGGUCAGCCUUGAACAUGAGGACGAAUAACCUGUGGGGGAAGACGGUGCUUGUCCAAGGCACUGGAGGCGUGAGCAUCAUAGCGCUCAGCCUUGCUGCCAAAGCUGGCGCCACUGUCAUUGCUACAUCUUCGUCCGAUGCCAAGCUGGAACGAGCAAGACAGCUCGGCGCUUCCCAUGUCAUCAACUACAAGCAGAAUCCCAACUGGGAGCAGCAAGUGUUGGACCUCACUGGAGGCCUCGGAGUUGACAUCGUCAUCGAACAGGGAGGAGCGCAAACGCUGCUGCAGAGCGUACAGUCAGUGAAGCGAGAGGGUCAGAUUUCGCAAGUCGGAUUCCUAUCUGGAAACGGCCUGGGGGACAUGUUUCUCCUGGUUCAGCUGCUCAUUAUCAAGAAAUGCAGCAUUGUUGGCAUCCAGGUCGGGUCAAAGGGCGAUCUGGAAGAUUUGGUGAACUUUCUUAAACAGCCGCAUUUUAAGCUCGAGGCAUGCAUCGAUCGAGUAUUUAGCUUUGACAAGUCAUUGGAAGCGUUGGACUAUAUGCGAAAGGGGGGUGCAUUCGGGAAAAUAGUUAUUGAGUUUUGA